AUGGAAGCCUUACCCAAGGAAAUUCUUACCGACAUCCUCUUGAGGCUGUCGGUAAAUUCGGUUUGUUGCAUCAGAUCUGUAUCGAAGGCCUUGUUAGAGAUAGUUGACGACGCCUCUUUUCCCACGCUGCACAUGCGGCGUCGCAUAUUCGAUAAUGUUCCUCAAGUGCCUCGACUUGUUCUUCUUUCUUGCUCUCGUUUUGGUGAUCAAAGGAUGCACCCAUUGAAAUACGAUGGCAACAACUUAUUGACAAGGAGCAAAAUUGUUUCCGAAUUCGAGGACCCACAGUUUUCUUAUAAGCAGGAUUUUGUUUUCUGCAACUUGUUUGGCUUUACUAAUCUUAAUACGGAAAAAAGAAGGUCAUGCUUGUUGGUGAAUCCUUUCAAGCGAGAAUUUCUAAUGCUCCCAACAACGAGUGACCUCCAAGUUCCGGCCAACAGUUUCUGCAAUUGUGAUACUUACGGCAUGGGAUUUGAUAUUAUGACCAACACCUACAAGAUUGUUCGUGUCUCUUUGUAUAAAAAGAGGGACUACCAGACCCGCGUGGUGACGGCUGAAGUUCUUGUAUUAGGGACAAGCUCAUGGCGGGAGUUACCCUCAGCUCCCUCUUGCUAUCCAUCCUACAAUAUGGCAGCAUCUACACAUGGAGAAAUGCAUUGGCUGGUUAGUGAAGAUGACAACACGGUACAUAUACUUUCUUUUGACUUCAAGAACGAGGAGUUCUAUUGGACUCCUCAUCCCCUCGCGUUAAAGAAAAAGCUGGAUCUUCCGCUUUUUAUUCACUUGCUUAAUUUCAAGGGAUCUUUGGCCCUAGUGGAUGUUUCUUCGUUAGAUAUAGAGAUAUGGUUAUUGGGAUUGAAAAAUUAUGAUGAUAAGAAGAAACGGGAGUGGGUGCUAAAUUACAAAAUAGAUAUCCAACAACAUCCUCUUUGUCUUGGGAGUCAUAAGCCUGGGCAGUUCAAGUUUGGCGAGUGGGAGCAAGGCAUAUUUUUCCACAAGGAGACCUAUCUUGAUAGGAGACGCUAUUUAUGUAGAAGUAUAUUCUUUGUGGAUCUAACAUGUAUGUCCAUUAAGAGUGUACUAAUCAUAGAUAGACAAAAUUCUACGGUCUAUAGUUGUACCGACAGCAUGAUUUCUCUAAAGAAUUAUGGAGAUCUGGUUGAGGUAGAAGAACAAAGGUACUCAACGGUUAUUCUUGAGAAUGAAGCAAUCACCCUAUGA